AUGUAAGAAGAGACACUUGUACUCAAGCAACAAUCUUAAUUCAUACCAGUCCAAUUUGGAACAAGAUACAUUAUUGAAGAACUAACUUCGGAAAAUUUUGACGAAUUUACUGAUUUGGUUGCCGAAGAGUAUCAUUUAAAUGACCCUUUGUCAAUAGUACUAGGGGCUACUUCGACCGGUUAUAGAGAAGCUAUGGAAUCAUUAAAAGGAAUCAUGCUAUCUUAAAAUUAAGGAUUUAUUGCCAGAUGCACAAAUUCAGGAAUGGUUGUGGGCGGAUUAACUGGCGAAGAUUAUUAAGCCGUAUACGAUUUUAAAAAGGAUCAAGCUCUUGAGACGUACUAUGGAAGAUUAAAUGAAGGAAAGCAAAUUCUGUAUGAUAGAGGUGUUUUGAAGAAAGAAUGGAAAAUAUCCUUAAUGACGAUGGGAAUAACUCGCAGUACUCAUUAUUAAUAAUAUAUAAUGACGGUCUUAACCUACAAUGUAAUGCUGAAAGCUAAACAUUUGGGUUUUGAAUACGCAGUUGCCGAAGUAAAUCAUAUUGGAACUUACAAGAUUUUCUCCAAAGACAGUCAUAAAAUUUUAAUCAGUGUAGAUUUUCAUGACAAAUAUGAAGAAAUUAAAAACAAUCUUAGUCAAGAAGAAAAAGAUUUUAUACAGCAAUCUGGGUUAUCAGAUUAUAUUUUCUUUAUGAAAUUAGACUCUGCUAUCGUAAAGAGACAGGAGUAUCUAAAAUCUAAACAAUGA